AUGACAAUAAGCAGUAGUAGUGAGAUCGUUGUCGCAAGGUCGGAAGAUGUAGACGACGGGUUUGAAGAUGCCGGCUUUGAUACCGCGUCCGCAAGCAAGUUUGGGAGUGUUCCUUCGUCUAUAUACCGUCAUGCCUACGAGAACGGCCGAAGAUAUCCACAGCUAAUAUAUGCUAUAGAUCUCAUACCAAAUGACGAGACUGAGCAGAAUAGGGAUGACAUCAAACAUGUAGCAAGCUUAGAGCUCACGAGAGGCAAAUACUUUUUUGCGCCAAUCGGUGAAACCCCCCAGAAGAUAAUAGAUUUAGGUACUGGAACCGGGUCUUGGGCUAUCGAAGUCGCCGAUAUGUUCCCCGGCGCCCAAGUUGUCGGGUGCGACUUGAGUCCUAUUCAACCUUUCUGGGUCCCCAGUAACGUCAGUUUCGUUGUCGACGACAUCGAAGACGAAUGGGUUCAUGGCGACGAUUGGGAUCUUGUUCACAUUCGUCAGGUCUUCUCAGCGAUUAGAGACCCCCCUGGAGUUUGCAAGCAGAGUUUCAGCCAUCUCAGACCUGGCGGUUGGAUAGAAGCCCAGGAUUUCGGCGGCAUUUUGAAAUGCGACGACGAUACACUGCCUACAGAAUCUCUACUCUCUGAAUUUUACGACAUGACAAAUGAAGCGUUGUCUAAGCUUGGGUUAAGGUGGUCUAUUGCGAACGACAUGGAAGAAGUGCUUAGGGAUGCUGGCUUCAUCAACAUCCAGUGCAAAAGGUUCAAAUCUCCCAUCGGCGUCUGGCCGAAGGCCAAGAGGCUCCGCCUGAUCGGGCUAUAUCUAAGGCUAUCCUUUGCGGACCUCAUGGAUGCUCUCGCGCCCAAGGUCUUCCCAACGCUUUCGAAGUCGACAGAACAGAUGGAGGAGUUCCUUGCGAGCGCGCACGACGAAUUGCAAGAAACCAAUGCCCAUAUAUACCUUGAUUAUUAUUUUUGGUAUGCUCAAAAACCUUUGAACGAUUAAGACAACGAUGAAUUCUAUAUCGUUAUAGGUAGAGUCAAAUAGCUAUAAAGCAGUGAAUAUUAUGCCCUGAGAAGGUCAAACAAAACUCUCAAGGUUCCAUGGGUAUAUUUGCAGGUCGAAGUAGAGUGCCAUGAUUAAGGACUCCUUAAUAUAGCCCAUUAAUCAGCUGGUAUUAGGUGGAUCUAAUGGACAAUGAGGUUAUAGGCCUGGUCAGAAAAAGGAAGCUUGCCAUAUUUGCGAGUAGAAUUAGGGGUUGAGGACUUAUACACUGUUCCGUAUACUUUGUACAGUACCUUUUAUUGG